AUGGCCUCACAUUCAGAUUCAGUGACGGCAAACCCCAAAGAUGUGCAUGAUGAUCCCGUCAAGCAGGAUGUUGGUACAGGCGUUGUAGUGCCCACCUUGGCCGAGGGUGAUAUGCCUACGACCUCCAAGUGGGAAAUCUGGAGUUGGUAUGCCUACUACAUCGGUGCCAAUGGACUCGCCCUUUUCAACUUUGGACCAACUGCUUUUCAAAACCUGCUUUCACAGGCGGCGCCAAAAGAUACCGGCCUUUUACCUUUCGCUGGCCGUGAGCGAGAUGUCAACAGUAUCGUUCUACUCGCCAAUGGCAUCUCAUUCGCUUUACAAGCCGUUCUCUUCCUCAUCAUCGGAGCAUACGCAGACUUUGGAAGUGGACGACGAUGGAUUUUGGUGGUAUGGUCAAUUGUUGCCUACGGAAUCGGGUUUGGGUGGUUGGGAGUUCACGACCCCAGUAAAUGGCAGACGGCAACGGGCUUGUACAUUGUCGGUCUGAUCGCGUACCAGAUGACGCUCACAUACUGGACGGCAGCAUUCCCCUCUCUUGCACGAAACACACCUCAACUGAAGGAAGCAGCACUACAAUUCGAGUCGGGUGACAUCACACAGCAAGACAUGGACCGAAAGGACGAAAUGGAAAGGAGCAGACUCAGCAACGUUGCCUUUUACAUCCAAUCCGUUGGUGAAGUUGUCAUUCUAGCUAUGAUUGUGGGCGUCAUGUUUGGCGUCAAAGUUGACAAGAGUCCAGAGAACAACAACUGGGGGCUUUCUGUGCUUAUAGCAUUUGCAACUGCUUGUUGGCUUGUACUCUCAAUCCCUUGGUUUUUCAUCGAGAAGAAGCGUCCCGGCAUGAAGGUCCCUGAUCACUUGAACAUUAUCACAGUCGGGUUCUGGCAGCUUUGGGAGGCUCUCACGCAAAUCUGGCACUUGAAGCAGAGCUUGAUCUACCUUGUUGGCUAUUUCCUUCUAGGAGACUCCCUCAACACUACGGUGACAGUCAUCGGCACACUACAGAAUCAGGUUGUCAGUUACGAGACUCUGACUCUAACCUACCUUCUCAUCGUCGGCAUUGUUGCUCAAGCUGUCGGAAUUGGUGCCUUUUGGAUGAUCCAGAAGAAAUUCAACCUCAGCGUCAAGGCCAUGUUCAACGCCGUCAUGGUCUUUAUCAUCUUGUUAGAUGGGUGGGGCAUGGUUGGAAACUGGACUGAUAAGUUCGGUUUCAAGAAUGUCUGGGAAAUUUGGCUGUACCAAGCAUUCUAUGGACUCUUCGUUUGUCCCUGGUACAGCUACUCUCAAAUCAUGAUUAGUUCUGUUACGCCCCGAGGCCACGAAUUCCUUUUCUUCUCUCUGUUCAACAUUAUUGGCAAAUCGUCGAGCUUCAUCGGACCAUUCAUCAGCAGUGCUAUUAUCGAUGCUACUCCAGGAGGUACCAACAAUAGCGCGCCCUUCUAUUUUCUGUUUGCUUUGAGCUUGGUUAGCGCAGUUGGUAUCUGGUCCUUUUUGGAUCUGGAGAAGAGUGCAAGGGAGCAAGAGGCAUUUAUUAUAGAAGAGAAAAUCCGCAUGGGCGAGGACUCAGAUGCCAGCAAAACCACUUAG